GCGGUCGUCAGCUGGUGUUACAUUGUGUGUAAACGGGUUGUUGUGUGCGCGAGCAUGAUGCCAUGACAACGACGCGGCUGUCAUUAGCGCGCGGUGGAGCCGUCAGUCGAUAUAACGCUGAUACCUCGCUACAUUAACGCGGUUAAACGUCAGGUGUAGCCGGUCUUUAAACCAUGCAGCGACAACAACAACACGCCACCUGACAUGCGCUGACAUGUACACACACCGUGCUAACCAGGCCGUUCGGUCUGUGUUCAUCCAGCCAAAAGAGCUGCUCGGUGUCUUUGUGAAUUCAUUUAAUUUGUUUUUUGUGUGUUUUUUCUCCACAGAGAUGGGAAUCCUGGGUGGAUUUCCUCAACGGGAGGGAGCGGAGGUUUAAAGGGGCGGGCGCGGAGGGCAGCAAAGGGGCCUUGCUGCUCGUCAGCCCAGAGGAGAUGGACCAAGAGUACGAGAGACGGCUGCUGAGGCAAAUCAACCACCAGAACCUGCCGACAGAGGCCCGCCUGUCAAAGUGUGUGAGUGCUACCUGCAGUCCUGUCAGCAUUAAGUCAGGGGAUCGCUUCAUUCCCACCCGUGCUGGAAGCAACUGGAGCAUCAACUUCCACCACGCCAAUGAGAACUGCCGCUCCCCAAAUCAGACCCAUAAAGCAAAGGAUGCCACUUCAGAUUCAAGCAAAGAUGCUGUGGCGUAUGCAGCCCUCUUGAGGAAUGAGUUACUGGGGGCAGGGAUAGACACUGUGCCAGACACUCACACGGACGACCGGCGUCACGCUGUCCUCUCUCAAGACUCUCGCAGCCUUUUUAGGUACACUGUCCACACUAAGGGAGUGCCUUUCGAUGGCGAUAAUGAAGUCUCACCUUACUCCCUUUCUCCGCUCAGUAACAAGAGCCACAAGCUGCUCCGCUCCCCUCGUAAACCAGCCCGUAAGAUCUCCAAGAUCCCCUUCAAAGUGCUGGACGCUCCGGAGCUGCAGGAUGACUUCUACCUCAACCUGGUAGACUGGUCGGCGGGCAACUUACUCAGUGUCGGCCUGGGAGCCUGCGUCUACCUGUGGAGUGCCUGCACCAGCCAGGUGACGAGGUUAUGUGACCUUUCUGUGGAUGGAGACUCCGUCACGUCAGUCUGUUGGAAUGAGAGGGGGAGUCUUGUUGCUGUCGGAACCCAUAAGGGUUACGUUCAGAUCUGGGAUGCAGCAGGAGGGAGGAAGCUUACCAGCCUGGAGGGUCACUCAGCACGUGUAGGUGCCCUGGCAUGGAACGGGGAGCAGCUGUCGUCGGGGAGUCGGGACAGAGUGAUCUUACAGCGGGAUGUCAGAACCCCCCCAUCGGCUGAGCGGAGGCUUCAGGGUCACAGACAAGAAGUGUGCGGCCUCAAAUGGUCUCCUGACCACCAGCACUUAGCAUCCGGAGGCAACGACAACAAGCUGCUGGUGUGGAACAGCUCCAGCCUUCUCCCCGUGCAGCAGUACAGCGACCACCUGGCAGCAGUGAAGGCCAUCGCCUGGUCCCCCCACCAGCACGGGCUGCUCGCGUCGGGCGGCGGCACCGCCGACCGCUGCCUGCGCUUCUGGAACACUCUGACGGGUCAGGCGCUGCAGAGCACAGACACCGGCUCACAGGUCUGCAACCUGGCGUGGUCCAAACACGCCAACGAACUGGUGAGCACUCACGGCUACUCUCAGAACCAGAUCCUGGUGUGGAAGUAUCCGUCAUUAACACAGGUGGCCAAGUUGACCGGACACUCUUACAGAGUGCUGUACCUGGCUGUGUCACCAGACGGGGAGGCCAUCGUUACAGGAGCUGGGGAUGAGACACUACGUUUCUGGAACGUCUUCAGUAAGACACGCUGCACCAAGGAAUCAAAGUCAGUGCUGAACCUCUUCACAAGAAUACGAUAGUGAGCAGACCGGGUCUGGACCGGUUCCUGGAGGAGGAGCCUCCGGAGCUGUGGUUGAAAUGCACAGAGUCACCAGCGACACUUACAGACUAGCACUUAGAGCCCUCUCUCCUCCAGUCCACGUUUUCUACAGAGGGUGGCGUCCCAACAACUACGACAAGAAAACUGCCAUCUCUCACAGUGAUGUCACUGAUUUAAAAAAAAAAAACAAUACAAGCAGUCUAUUGUCAGGACAUAUUGUCUGCUUAAAAAAGUCGGUCUUGUUAUCUUUUUUCUGUUGUGUAAGUGAUAUAUAUUAGCAGAAGUAUACAUGUACAAGAGUUAUAAGCUAUAUAAUGUAAUGUCAGAGAAGAAAAAGCCUGGCUCGGAGGUGUGCGUGUGUGUGUGUGUGUGUGUGUGUGUGUGUGUGGGAGGGGGAGGGGGAUUUCUAUAUUUUGAUAAUGUGACUAUGCUCUACAAGCUGCAUACAAGAGAAGAGAAACAAUAAAUAAGUGAACACACACACAGUUGCUCAUGCAGCUGCAAAGAAUGAACUGUUUAUUGUUGUCUUGUCACUUUGUCUGAUGGAGGGAGGGUUUGGAUCCAUUCCUGGAGAAGAGUAAAGGGCAGUGUGACACCUUUUCCUUUCCUUUUAUCCUGCUUGAGCAACUGCAGAGGUAUUUUCAUUAGAAACUUGUUGCACAGAGGUCCGCUCAUGCUAACAGUCCACCUAAUCUGUGUGUUUGCUUUGGUUCAGUCCAAGCAUUAUGGUUUCUGUUGUCCACUUUCACCUGCCCAAGUGAUCAGUACUAUUUGGCACCAUUUAUCAUUGAAACAGAAAGAGAUUCUGGGUUUUUCUUUUAUCACUUUCUCUUGAACUCGGAAGUGCUACCAGCUCAGUCUAGUAAUCAGAGUAUCCAGACCCCUGCAGGCCCCGACAGAGCAGAGAAAACUCCUUCACGAUAUCCUUAACACGGCGCUUGUGGGUUUGCUCCCUGGAAAAAAGAAAAAAAAUGAUGAAUUCAUUUUGUUGAAACAUGUUAACUUCAUACAGAAAGACCCGAGCCGGCUGAUUCAAUUUCUUUGAUGGAAUAAAGAGAACACAACACCUUUUGAAACAAAAACACAGUUUUGAUGUUUA